AUGACAUUAGAUCAAGCCACAGUCUUUAGAAAUCCUGAUUUAUUGGAAUAUCUUAAUCAAUUUGGGAUCACUAAGUUACACUCAAUACCAUACUAUGCCCAAGCUAAUGGUCAAGCUGAAGCUACCAAUAAGAUCGUAGUAAAAGGGAUAUCAAAAAUGGUUGAUAAUAAUCCUAGAAAAUGGGAUGAAUUGUUGUUAUAUGUUCUAUCGGCCUAUAGAACCUCUAAAAGAGAAGCAAGAGGAGCUACCCCAUUUAAUUUAGUGUAUGGACAGACUCCAGUGAUUCCUGUUGAGAUAAAUAUAAGAUCAUCCAAAAUAGCUCAACAACUGGGUUUAUCUGGAGAAGAAUAUUUUCAAGCAAUGAAUAUUGCAAUAAUGGAUGCACUUGAAACUAAGGAAGAAGCCUUAGCUAAAAUGAAGAUCCAGAAGGAGAAAGUUGCCAGAACCUACAAUGAAAAAGUAAUGCUCAAAGAAUUUCAGGAAAAUGAUAAGGUUUGGAAGAUGUUUCUACCAGAAGCAGCUUACAAGGAUCCUCAAUUAGGAGAAUGGUCACCUAAGUCGCAAGAACCUUUUAUCAUUCAUAAGAAAUUAUCUGGCAAUGCAUAUUUAUUGAAAGAUAUAGAUGGCAAUGUAAAAGAUAGAGCAUUAAAUGGAAAAUUCCUUAAGAAAUACCAUCCCUCUAUCUGGGAACAACAUGAUCAUGUGUUUCAACAAAAACAUGCAAAAUUGUUUCAAACAUCUAGAGAUUACUAA